CUUUCUUUCUCUAACAAACACCCUCACCAACCCUAGAUUCUCCUAAACGGCGAAACCCUAUCAGAGCCACCAUCACCAUCUCCCCUUUCAUUCUGCUCUUCUCCUCGCGUCGCCAGAAGCUAAGAUCGGUUCGGGGCUGUUGUUGGCAUCGCCGUUUUUCUGCUCGAGCUCUCUUUGUCGCUGCUUCUUUGCUCUUCAUCGUUGGUCGUUGCCGCUUCUCCAAUCCUCGCCGUGGGUCGUCACUGCUUCUCCCCUCCUUGCCGUGUCGUUUCUUCUUCUCACCUCCUCGUCGUUUUUUGCUGUGGCCCCUUCUCGUCUCCCCGCCAGUCUUGUCGUCGCUGCCUCUCUGCUCCGUGUCUCACUGUCGUCGCUUAUCUGUUUCACGUUACUAAAAUUCCCAAUUUGAAUUUCUCUAUCUCGCUGGCUCUAUGCUGUCUUUUCCUCUCCUUCGCUGGCAAUCCAGAUAACUCUCAGGCGUCUUCUCCAAUAAUCCCAACGAACGAGUGUCAAGACUGGCCUCGCAGGUUAAUCAAUGGAUAGAAAAAAGUACAGAAUUAUGAUGGUCUCUGAUUUUUUCUAUCCCAACUUUGGUGGCGUCGAGAACCACAUCUAUUAUCUCUCUCAGUGCUUACUCAAGCUAGGCCACAAGGUAGUGGUUGUAACUCAUGCAUAUGGAAACCGAUCUGGGGUUAGAUACAUGACUGGUGGUUUGAAAGUUUACUAUGUUCCGUGGAGGCCUUUUGUUAUGCAGAAUUCAUUCCCAACCCUAUUUCCCUCACUCCCCAUUAUUAGAACCAUUCUCAUUCGAGAAAGAAUCACUAUUGUCCAUGGACAUCAAGCAUUUUCCACUCUCUGUCAUGAAGCUCUCAUGCAUUCUAGAACCAUGGGGUACAGGGUUGUAUUCACGGAUCAUUCUCUCUAUGGAUUUUCGGAUGCUGGAAGCAUACAUAUGAACAAGGUCUUGCAGUUUACAUUGGCUGAUGUGAGUCAGGCCAUAUGUGUUUUGCAUACGAGCAAGGAGAAUACAGUGCUGCGGUCGGGGCUGCCCCCGGAGAAGGUUUUUGUUAUACCUAAUGCUGUGGACACUGCAAUGUUCAAGCCAGCGGUGGUGCAGCCGAGCCGCUCGGAGAUUGUUAUUGUUGUUAUUAGCCGGUUGGUUUAUCGCAAGGGAGCAGAUUUGCUUGUUGAAGUCAUUCCAGAUGUAUGCCGUCUGCAUCCCAAUGUUCGUUUCAUUGUUGGAGGUGAUGGACCUAAGCGUGUGUGGUUGGAGGAGAUGAGAGAAAAACAUUCUCUUCAAGAUCGAGUUGAAAUGUUGGGAGCCGUGCCACAUGCACAAGUCCGAUCUGUUCUAAUAUCAGGACACAUCUUCUUAAACAGUUCGUUAACUGAAGCAUUCUGUAUAGCCAUAUUAGAGGCUGCUAGUUGUGGAUUGUUAACAGUUAGCACACGUGUUGGAGGAGUUCCCGAGGUUUUACCAGAUGACAUGAUCAUUUUGGCAGAACCUGAUCCUGGUGAUAUGGUGCUUGCAAUUGAAAGGGCAAUAUCAAUGCUGCCAAAAGUUGAUCCACAAGUCAUGCACCACCGGAUGAGGGAACUCUAUAACUGGCAUGAUGUUGCCAAAAGGACUGAAAUUGUAUAUGAUCGUACUUUGAAGUGCCCCAAUCAAAAUCUACUUGUACGGGUCUCACGAUACCUUUAUUGCGGAGUGUGGGCAGGCAAGCUGUUCUUCGUGGUUAUGAUAGUUGAUUUUUUGUUUUGGCGGCUAUUGGAACUAUGGCAGCCUGCAGAGGACAUUGAGGAGAUGCCAGAUUUAACUCUUCCACACAUCUCCAACAAAGAGACAUUGCAAAAAACCGAAUGAAACGCCUAUUGUGAUAUUGAAUUUUCAUUACUGCACCAGAAAUCAGAGGCAUGAAGCUUUGUUAGUGACAUAGUGUCAAUGUGUUAGCAUUUACUUUGUUUAGUAAUCAAACAUGUCAAUUUGUUCUUUGGAAUUGAAAUCACGAUUUAUUUAUUUUUUCUGAGAGGUGCUUAUAGUUUAGGACUUUAGGUUCUUUCUUUCACGAGAAUUUGCGACUUCCAGUUUUUGUUCCUUGGAAAUAGUCCCACAAGAAAGAUCCUCUCUUCCAUGUAAUGAAAAUUAUGUUUGAGAUAGUUGUAUUGACUCUAUAUGUAUGCUUAUUGAUUGGGCUAGUUUAAUUGACUGCCUAAAUUGCUUUACAAA